AUGGUAAAAGGCGGUAUGUCGGCUUCAAAUCUUUUAGAAUCCUUAACGGAAAAUAUUAAAACGGUUGAAGGCCUCGGCUUAAGCGUCAAAGCCAUCGUCUGCGAUCAAGGCCCAACCAACGUUCGUCUUUUUAAACUUUUAAAUGUCUCCGCGGAAAAUCCGUUCUUUAUUUUCAAUUCAAAUAAAAUUCACUGUCUUUACGACUAUUGCCACUUAAUUAAAUCGGUUCGGAAUAACUUAUUAAAGCACGAUUUGAAAACUGUUGAUGGCAUCGCGAGCGGUAAAGUCAUUCGUCAAUUAUAUUCGGUAGAUAAAGCGAAUGUAAACUUCAAGGUAUGUCCUAAGCUUACAGCUUCGCAUAUUUACCCCAAUAAUUUUGAAAAAAUGAGCGUAUCCCGAGCGACGCAGCUAUUGAGUAAUUCGGUAGCUGCAGGCAUUGAUAUGGCGCAGAAACAAGGGUUGCUAGGGUCUGAUGAAUACACCCUCAAAUGUGCCAAGCCGACUCAGUUGUUUGUAAAGCGCAUGAAUGAUUUGUUCGAUGAGCUCGAUUGUAAGAGAUUAAAUAAUAAAAACCCAUUGAAGGGUCCAAUUUGGCGCGAUUCUGUAGACAAGCUUAACAGGCUUAAGGACCACAUUAAAUUCAUUUCGUCGAUUCAACUUCCCAAUAAUAUAAAUUCCUUGUGUUUUGGUGGUUUUAUUUUAACCAUUAAUUCUAUGAUUAAUUUAAGUCAAGAUGUCUUUGAAAAUUGCAAAGAUUUAAAUUUUAUAUUGUUGGGAAAAUUGAAUCAAGAUGCCCUUGAGAACUUUUUUUAUAAAAUCCGCGCAACUCAGGGCAUUAAUACGCAUCCAUCGGACCAUGAAAUUCAGUACAUUGUUGCUCGCUUAAUUUCUAUGAAAAUUUUGAGACGGAAAUUUGAUAAAAAAGGUACAAACUGCGAAGAUGAUGAAGAUUUGAACCUGGAUUGGAAUAUUGCUGAUGAACAGGCAUGGGCAGAGAGUUAG